GGACCCCUCCAGUAGGAUAUUUCAAUAAAGUGGUAUUGCAGGAGGUAGCAGGGUCGUCGUCGUCGUCAGUGGCCGGUCGACCGGGGUCUUUUCUUGAUGGACGGUGUCGAGUCAGUGUAGUGUCCCGUGCCCGUGUUUGUGAGUGCCCCCGGGCCCUCGUCUUCCGCUACCCCGCCGUGCCCGCACCUCCUCCUCCACCAUGCCAGAGGACAAGGGACGAUCCGACUCGUACCGUGUGGCUACGGUGCGUUCUGUUCCAGAUGACAACAAAACAGCUGAUGGCAAACUCAAGUCAAAACGGACCAAAAAGCAGAAAAAAGGAGACUUAGAUGACCUCAAACAAGAAUUGGAUAUUGACUUUCAUAAAAUAUCAGUAGAAGAAUUAUAUCAAAGGUUUAGUACACAUCCGGACACAGGGUUAACGCAUGCGAAAGCGAAAGAAAAUUUAGAAAGAGAUGGUCCGAAUGCAUUAACGCCUCCAAAAACAACGCCAGAAUGGAUAAAGUUCUGCAAGCAGUUGUUUGGUGGUUUUGCCCUCCUACUAUGGAUAGGUGCUAUCCUAUGUUUUAUUGCUUAUUCAAUCCAGGCUAGCACUGUAGAAGAGCCUGCGGAUGACAAUUUGUACCUGGGCAUUGUGUUGGCGGCAGUCGUCAUUGUUACUGGAAUCUUUUCCUACUACCAAGAAAGCAAGAGCUCCCGAAUAAUGGAGUCCUUUAAAAAUAUGGUUCCGCAGUUUGCAACAGUUAUUCGGCAAGGAGAGAAACUGACACUACGAGCAGAAGACAUCGUGUUGGGAGAUGUGGUGGAGGUUAAGUUUGGUGACAGGAUUCCUGCAGACAUCCGGAUCAUCGAAUGCCGAGGGUUCAAGGUAGACAACUCAUCUCUGACUGGUGAGUCAGAGCCUCAGAGCCGAGGCGUUGACUUCACUCAUGAAAACCCUCUGGAGACCAAGAAUCUGGCAUUCUUCUCAACAAACGCAGUCGAAGGCACAGCCAAGGGUGUGGUGAUCAGUUGUGGAGACAACACAGUGAUGGGUCGCAUUGCUGGGCUGGCCUCAGGUCUGGACACAGGAGAGACACCCAUUGCCAAGGAGAUUCACCAUUUCAUCCACAUCAUUACUGGUGUCGCAGUGUUCCUGGGAGUCUCGUUCUUCAUCAUUGCCUUCGCCCUUGGUUACCAUUGGCUGGACGCUGUUAUCUUCCUUAUCGGUAUCAUCGUGGCCAAUGUGCCCGAGGGACUGCUAGCCACGGUGACAGUGUGUCUGACUCUGACAGCCAAGCGGAUGGCUUCCAAGAACUGCUUGGUCAAGAACCUUGAGGCUGUAGAGACCCUGGGCUCCACGUCUACCAUCUGCUCCGACAAGACCGGUACCCUCACACAGAACAGGAUGACAGUUGCGCACAUGUGGUUUGACAAUCAGAUCAUCGAAGCUGAUACCACUGAAGAUCAAUCAGGUGUUCAAUACGAUCGCACAAGCCCUGGAUUCAAGGCUCUUGCCAGAAUCGCCACACUUUGCAACAGAGCAGAGUUCAAGGGAGGCCAGGAAGGUGUUUCUAUUCUGAAGAAAGAAGUUAAUGGUGAUGCUUCUGAGGCAGCAUUGUUGAAAUGCAUGGAGUUGGCUCUAGGAGACGUCUUGUCAAUCAGAAGACGAAACAGGAAAGUGUGUGAAAUUCCCUUCAACUCAACAAACAAAUACCAGGUAUCAAUCCAUGAGACAGAGGACCCCAACGACCCCCGUCACUUGAUGGUGAUGAAGGGAGCUCCUGAGAGGAUUCUAGACAGAUGUUCCACCAUCUUCAUCGGAGGCAAGGAGAAGGUGUUGGAUGAGGAGAUGAAGGAGGCAUUCAACAACGCCUACCUGGAACUGGGUGGUCUUGGAGAGCGAGUGCUUGGAUUCUGUGACCAAAUGCUGCCUUCGGACAAGUUUCCCCUGGGUUUCAAGUUUGACGGUGACGACCCCAACUUUCCCCUGUCUGGUAUGAGGUUUGUGGGACUCAUGUCCAUGAUUGACCCUCCCCGAGCUGCUGUGCCUGAUGCCGUCGCCAAGUGCCGAUCUGCCGGUAUCAAGGUCAUCAUGGUCACUGGUGACCACCCUAUCACUGCCAAGGCCAUUGCCAAGUCUGUCGGAAUCAUCUCUGAAGGCAACGAAACAGUGGAAGACAUCGCUCAGAGAUUGAACAUCCCAGUAUCAGAAGUGAACCCUCGUGAGGCCAAGGCUGCUGUGGUCCACGGAACAGAGCUGCGAGAUGUAGGAGCUGACCAGCUGGAUGAGAUCCUUCGAUACCAUACUGAGAUUGUGUUUGCCCGAACAUCCCCACAACAGAAGCUGAUCAUUGUGGAGGGCUGCCAGCGUAUGGGAGCCAUUGUGGCUGUCACUGGAGAUGGUGUCAAUGACUCUCCUGCCCUCAAGAAGGCUGAUAUUGGUGUAGCCAUGGGUAUCGCAGGUUCUGACGUGUCCAAGCAAGCUGCCGACAUGAUUCUACUUGAUGACAACUUUGCAUCCAUUGUCACUGGAGUUGAGGAGGGACGACUUAUCUUUGAUAACCUCAAGAAAUCCAUUGCAUACACGUUGACAUCCAACAUUCCAGAAAUUUCACCUUUCUUAGCUUUUAUCCUAUUGGACAUUCCUCUUCCUCUGGGUACCGUCACCAUUCUAUGUAUCGAUUUGGGAACUGACAUGGUACCAGCCAUUUCCCUCGCCUACGAAGAAGCAGAAUCAGAUAUCAUGAAGCGGCAACCACGAAAUCCAUUCACUGAUAAACUCGUGAAUGAAAGGUUGAUUUCAAUGGCGUAUGGUCAGAUUGGUAUGAUCCAAGCUGCUGCUGGUUUCUUCGUCUACUUUGUCAUCAUGGCUGAGAACGGCUUCUUGCCGUUGACACUGUUUGGAAUCCGUAAACAGUGGGAUUCAAAGGCUGUCAACGAUCUCACAGACUCAUAUGGCCAAGAAUGGACAUACCGAGACCGCAAGGCUCUUGAGUACACGUGUCACACCGCCUUCUUCGUCUCCAUUGUUGUAGUGCAGUGGGCUGACUUGAUCAUCUGCAAAACAAGGCGAAACUCCAUCAUCCACCAAGGAAUGAGGAAUUGGGUCCUGAACUUUGGUUUAGUGUUUGAAACAGCUCUUGCAGCCUUCCUCUCAUACACACCUGGAAUGGACAAAGGCCUUAGGAUGUACCCCCUAAAGUUUGUCUGGUGGUUACCAGCAAUACCCUUCAUGAUCUCUAUCUUCAUAUAUGAUGAGGUGCGACGUUUCUACCUGCGUAGAAACCCUGGUGGCUGGUUGGAACAAGAAACCUACUACUAGAGAGCCUGUGCCACGUUUUAGUAGGCAACCUUUAGGGACAAAACAAGUGCUACAACAGUGCUAGUGCAACAUCCCACUCCUUAACACCUAUUGCAGCAUUUAUUAGGUUCUUCGUCAUCAUCAUCAUUUUUAUUAUAUUUAUAGAUAUUAUGUCUUUUAUAAAAUGCGAGAGAGGACUCGCGCGAGUUGUUCGUUAUGAUAUUAUUUUUUUAAGUGCCAGAAUACGCAAAGUCUAAGUUGCAAAAGGUGUUGACGUUUUAUGAGAACAAAUUACUUUUAUUUUAGUCAGUUGUAGAAUACCAUUGUCGUCGGUGUCGGGCUUGGCGCCGAACCCACGAGCCAUGAAAUGGCCUCGCAGCCGACUCCCCACAUCUGUUUUUGAGUCCAAUAUUUUUGGAUCAUAGAUGUAAGGAAGAUAUUAAUAAAUUAUUGACUCUAAUGUAAGAAUUUAACGUAAUAUACGAUAACAGAUUAUGUAGAAAUUACAUAUUAAUCGCAAGUUAUGAGUUUGUUUAUAAAUAUAUAGAAAGUUAAUGUUUUAAAAUUAGUUCUUUAAAAAUAUUUUAAAAAGUGUUGCGCGCGUGUUGAACCAUUCCAAGUUACGGCAGGAGUCCCUCCCUCUUGCUCAACGUAGUGUGAGGUCGUCAGUCGUCACACCAUUCCACUCUGCAGCAUCCACUCUUGCUUUCUCUGUCACACUACCGUUCGAUAAAUAGAUUUUAGAUGUAUAUUUAGGUUAGUUUGACCGUGUUGUUACAAAGUACUUCAUUGUUCUUUUAACUGAAAACGCUAUGGAAAUAUGUUACGCUAGUAGACGAAUACCACUUUUAAUAAUUGCAUUGUAAAUAUUUUAAAACAGUCCUUUUAUUUUGCAUCGUUUGCGAGUGCCCGUGUGACCCAUAUUUGUUGAGAAAAGAACGAUUUAAACAUGUUCGCAUGUUAAAUUAUACAUAAACAGAUGUUCAUAAAAAAUAAUGUGUAUAAAAGUUGAUAUUCAUUAUUAAAGUGUAGUAACAACGUGUUAAAUAUUAAUACCGCAAUCGGUGAUCUAAGAUUCGAUGGUGUCAUUGCAGAAUUUUUUCCCCUUCAAAAUAAGUUGGUUUCGCCGCCCCACUAUAUAUACUAUUUAGUGACAAUAACCAAAGUACCCGAUUUCUCAAGAAUGAAGUGAACACAAAACUGCCAUCUUUAUUAAUGUUCGAGUGAGUGCUGACGUAAUGCCAAUAUAUUUCAAAAAAUAAAACGAAAUAAAAACCUUAAUACAAAUUGAUUUAUAAUGUUUUGUUGAUAUUUCCAUGUUGUUGUAUGUGUUAUAAAAUAUAUAGUUGAAUCUGUUUAUCUUAAUUUUAAUGAUGAUAGUUUAUUUUGUGUAGUGGUAUUUCCUAACUGUUGUUAUUGACAGAGGUGAGUUCUCAUACUUGUGCUGGCUUUCGAAAUGAACAGACACAUUUAUUAAUUUGCAAACAUUAAAGAGUUUUAUAAAUAUGUUUUGAAA